AUGACCGCGUGCGACGGGCACCGAGCGUGGCGCGAACCGGAAAAAAUAGCUCAAGCUCUCUGUGGCCGGUGCGCGUUGUCCGAGUACAAGUUUCCUUGGCAGAUUUCAAGCAUACCAAUUGUAUACGCAGACAAGCAUUCACACAAGAAGUGCAUACAGACGCCUCUGUCGGGAUCACGCCACGCUAAAGGAAGGCCGGCCGUCAGUUCUGUCGGGCAUUGGCAACGGCGUAGCCCGGCCUGCACCCGUUCUACGAAUGGCGAGGGCAGUCAAGCUCUCGGACACGCAAGUGCUGCACUCCGACAUGGUCCACCUCGUACUCCGUAUCAACCAACCCGAUACACCUCGGAGUCCAACGACUAG